AUGGCUCUCGACAAUGCUAGACGUGUCUACAUGUGUGCCGACCCGCUCAACAAGAUCAAUCUUCAUACAAUCUGUACCGACCUUUCCCGGCGGCAUGUGCGGCAGUUGAUGACGCUCACCGAAAAGCAAGCCUCAGCUAUUAAAGAAUUGUCAAUAUGCAGUUCUUCUGGAGGACCUCUGGGCCUUGGUUAUCGUGUUCUCCCGUCGUGUCCCCUGAAAUCCCAAGCCUCGGAAGACUUGCGAAAAGUCGUCAAAAAGCUCACACAAUGCCGCAUUCUCCGGAUCUCUGCAGUGGAUAUUAAGCACAUAGACUAUCAAUUCGCAUGGAUGGGUGCUAUUGACAUGACUUACUCAGUGCUAUACGCGUUUUGUGAGACUAAAAGUUCCCUAAAUUCGCUCACAUUAGAUUUCAGGACAGAUAACUUACCCUCGCUUCUACAUGGCGGUCUUGAGAGUCUCCCGUCCUAUGCUGUCUCUGAUCGCUUCUAUGGAAGUUUAAGACCGUGGCUUUGUAAAAUACAUCUACUUCCACUAUAUACCCCCUACCCCUACGGAGUAAAUGAGGUCUCACUUGAUCUUGGAAAAGCCUAUGCAGAAGAUGUCGUUUAUGAUGUCUUGGAAGGUAAGUAUUGCCAUAGUUUGCGGGUCCUGACUAUGGAGAAUAUUAUCUUCAGAUAUACCUGGUGGCGGAGAUUCUUGCGCGACUUGAAGCGGAAAUACUUUCGCCUGGAAGAGGUAGAUCUGUCUUGGGACGUGCACACAGGUUCGAUAAGCACCUCACUCGUCACUCUUUGGAAUCGUAAUACAAUCAUGGACCACAGUCAGACGAAGGUGACCUACACUGGACCUGAGGGACAUGGUGCCCUUACUGCUCUUGAGGAGAUAGCCUGUGAAGACCCUCUAUCCGUACUCCUAUGACUCUGACUGGAUGAAGAGUAUGAAUAUUUGUGCCAUUCUUGCGAUCAAGUGUAUGGGUGGGAUGAGUAGGAUGAAGUAAUGUGCUCUAAACCGUUUAUCGAAUCAUCU